AUGGGGUUGUCAUUCACGAAGCUUUUUAGCCGGUUGUUUGCGAAGAAGGAGAUGAGGAUACUUAUGGUGGGUCUCGAUGCGGCUGGUAAGACCACCAUUCUCUACAAGCUCAAACUUGGAGAAAUUGUCACCACCAUUCCCACCAUCGGGUUCAAUGUGGAAACGGUUGAAUAUAAGAACAUCAGUUUUACUGUCUGGGAUGUUGGAGGCCAGGACAAGAUUCGUCCUCUGUGGAGACAUUACUUCCAAAAUACGCAAGGGCUUAUUUUUGUGGUUGAUAGCAAUGACCGAGAUCGUGUUGUGGAAGCUAGGGAUGAGCUGCACAGAAUGUUAAACGAGGAUGAGUUGAGAGAUGCUGUGCUUCUAGUUUUUGCAAACAAACAAGAUCUUCCAAAUGCUAUGAAUGCUGCUGAAAUAACCGAUAAGCUUGGACUUCAUUCACUUCGUCAGCGUCACUGGUAUAUCCAGAGCACAUGUGCUACCUCUGGUGAAGGACUUUAUGAAGGACUUGACUGGCUCUCAAACAACAUCGCAAACAAGGCAUAG